AUGGACUACCAAUCCGCACCCACGCCGUCCUACACGGGCCCAGCAUCAGCAUCAGCAUCAACAUCCGCCGCGCCCCCAACCUCCACCACCACCACCACCAUUCGCACGCAAUCCGAGCCCACCAUCUCCAACAACAAGCUCGACCGCCCCCCGGCCUCCACCUUCGCGGGCACCGACAUCCGCUCCAUCAAGACGGCGUGCGAGUUCUCGCUGAGCGAGUACCUGGCGCAGCAGCGGCGGCGGUACCACAACGGCGGGUACAGCAACGGCAAUGGCAACGGGGGCGGAGAUCCUUCGGGCGAGCACCGGCUGCGCGCGCAGCAGGGGAUCGUGGUCAGCGACCUGCGCGCGCUGCGGAGCGAGGUGUCGGAGAUCGUGAGGAGGGCCGAGGCGCACCGGUGGCGGAAGUGGUUGUUGGGUGGGCUUGUCGCAUCCUUCAUCCCCACCAUCCGGCGCAUCUUCCGGCGCCCCUCCUCCUCCUCCUCCUCCUCCUCCUCCUCCUCCCACUCAUCCAACGACACCGAGCACGCCUUCCGGCGGAGCAAGUCCCUCAUCGCGCGCAUCCUCGACUCCGUCCACAACCACCACGGCAAAAGAAGCAAAUUCGCCUCCGUGGCCUUUUUCGUCCUCUCGAUAUUGUACGUGUUCGAGAGCGAGGUCUCGAUCCGCGUGGCGCGCACGGUGUCGAAGCGGCUGAAGCGGCUGACGGCGCGGAUUGAGCGGGGGGACCCCGGGAUCGGCGAGGAGGAUAUGAAGGUCUUGAAGGGGUGGCGGUGGCGGGUGUUGUUGUGGUAG